UAGCGAGUGAGUGAAAGAGCAGAACAGCAGCGCAAAUUUUCGGCUGCUCGUCAGACAACCAAAAGGGAGGUUAUCACCAGAGGUACAGAGUAAGGAGUACAGAGACACCACUCACUGGUAAAAGAAGGGAGAGACAGAGACAGAGGAGGGAGAGAUUGUCAGAGUGAAUGAGGAAGAAGAAAAAGAGAGUUGCGAUUUGCGAUUUGCGAGAGACAGUGAGAGAGAGAGCUCUUUGAGUUUUAUGUUUUCUCCCCCUCGCCUCGCAGUGAUUGAUCCUCGUGAACACUGAACAGGUGCAGUGCGAUUGGACGCUGAAUAGUUGGCGCAAGUUGGCGUUGUAGUACUAAAGUACUUUAUUGUGCUUGAUCUUGAUGCUCGCUCUCAACCUCUCAAGUUAUAUAUUAUAUUUACAUCAAAUACGACAAAUACGUGUGGAAUUUAUGUGUCUGAGAUAAAUAUAUUUAAAUUCUCAGCAAUGUGUCCGUGGUGGUUUACUAAUUCACAGCUGAAGUAGUCGUACAGUGGACCGAGCAAGUGAUCCCGCUUGUGUUUUUCGAAACCCAGUUAUAAUUACCAUCAAAAAAAUUUAACUGUACUGGGUUGUUAUCAGGCAGUGAAAAUUAUUGAUAAUAAUAUUGUAACUAUUACUAGAUAAACACAAAUAAGUUAUUUGCCGGACGGCAUGAAUGUUUACAACGCCUCGUCAGCGGCCACCACCGUCGUCACGUCUUCGUCAGCGGCGGCAGUCGGAGCAGUUGAGGGUACCGAUGACUGGGUUGAAUUUUGUGACAGACACGCCCGCGCAGCGGCUUCUGAUUUCGCUAAGGCGUUUUGCACAUACGUCAGCCUGAAUUUGCCAGAAAGUGCCCGGACCACCCUCUCGCAUCGUGAUUUUUUGCGUAAAUUCGUCGAGACCUUCUGCGAGCACUUUGAACACGAGUACCUCAGACGUAGCGCCAGAUCUCCAUCAUUCCACGACACACGACACGUGAUACCCAACUCCACUAGUCAAAACAAUCGAGCACCCGUACGAGCAUCAUCAAAUGAAGAAUUCAGUGAUUAUUCAGACCGCGAUGGCGAGGUUGUGUCACCAAAACCUGUACAUAAACCAUUUUUUCGACGUCUCUCCUUCAAGGGGUUCAAAAAAGGCCGGGGGUUUUUUCAUAAACAGCAGAGUGAUGAAGUUGAACUGUCUCACAGUGAGAGCAGAAAAGAUAAACACACGAAGUCGAAGCUGUCAAAAAUAGUUGUCGAGUGCAGAAAAGAGGGUGUCGUCAAUACGUUGAUGGGGGAGAAUUCAGACGGGACACAAAAAUGGGAAAAAUCACGCUUGGCACUUAUAAAGGCCAUUGGCGGUUAUAUGCUGGAGUUUUAUUCACCGCCGAAAGCUGUAAAACCACGUGGUGGGGUGUUUUGUUCGGCGAUAACAGAAGCACGGGAAACAACGGCUUUGGAAAUGCCAGACCAUGAAAAUACAUUUGUAUUGAAAACCCAAAAUGCUGAGUUUGUUAUCGAAGCACACGAUUCUGCGGACAUGAGAUCGUGGUUAGCUACAAUUAAAUACUGCAUGCGUUCAGCAUUUUUAAAUUCGACGACGAAUGACUCAGCGGGUGACGGCCUGGGUCAUGGCUCUGCCUCAGGGCAAGACGGUGAUCGUGUAAGAGCUAAUUCCGCAAGUAAAACCUCAAGAGCGGGAUACGAUCAUGGCAAUGAUCUGGCUCAUCCACCAGAAUUACCUCCUAGACUUCGAACCCGUAGCAAUAGUAAUCUUGAGCUGUGCUCGUCUCAGCAAGAAAUUGAACAAAUGAGUGGUAAUGAAGGGGAACCAGACUUGGCUGUUAGUUUAAGAGAAUACCCAUGGUUUCAUGGUACAUUACCACGAUCAGACGCAGCACAACUUGUCCUGCAUAAUGCAGCAAAUGGUCAUGGUGUUUUCCUAGUACGACAAAGUGAGACGAGAAAAGGAGAAUUUGUAUUAACAUUUAAUUUUCAAGGAAGAGCUAAGCACUUAAGAAUGACACUAAAUGAUCAGGGUCACUGUCGCGUCCAACAUCUGUGUUUUCCCGCGAUACUUGACAUGCUGGAUCAUUUUCGUCAGAAUGCAAUACCCCUGGAGUCAGGCGGAACUGCGGACGUCAUGCUGACAGAAUUUGUAGUUGCUAAUCACGCAUUACGUCCAUUAUCAUCACAUCCAGUAAUUAAUGCAAAUGCACAGCAACAAAACUCAGCUCAGGAGAGGAGACCUCUGGCUGUACCGGAAUCAAGAGAAGUCCAGACAUAUGGCGGAUCCAUAAGGACGAGAGUUGAGUCUUUGGAAAGACUCGAGCAGCAGCAGCAGCAGCAGCACAAUGUUAAUAAUAGUGUGGAUCAGCAAGCUUCGACCUCAGCAUCCUCAAGCAAUAGAGCUGUGCAAAACGCCUACAGUUUUCUCUGACGUUGGAUUCGCAGCACUUUGCCCUCAGGGUACCGUUUGGUCAGUCCGCCAGAAUAAAUAUUAUUACUAUUCGAAAAAAAAACCUUUUGCAUUAAUAGCUUAAAAAAUAGAAUAUCUUAAAUCAAUUCACUCGGUCGGGUCCAAUGACUGAGUUUUUAAAAUUUUAAAGUCUAUAUUCUCAAGCUAUAUUUUGUGGAUAUGGAUUUAUCGAUAUGAAUAUAAAUGUUGGUGUAAUUUAAAAAUUUGUGAAUUUAUUAAGGUAAAAACUUGAAGCUCAAUAACACUUCGCUGUAUACGAUUGAAGUUAAAAGUCGCGGUAAAUGGUUUUUUAUUUGAAUACUUUUCCUGUAAGACUGCCGCUUCCCAAAUCGAAUGCGCGUACGACUUUUUUUCGACUGCAUUAAAGCCUCAGCUCAAUAUUUAAACUGUUGAAUACAUAAUCUUUGAAAGGAUAUUUUGAAAAAGCCAAAAGAAUAAUGAAAUUUUAAAAUAAUCAUGUUACUUGAUGAUGCUUGGAAUUACAGAAAUUAUAUAUAUAUUUAUAUUUAUAUUUUCAUCAUUGAAUGUGGUGACGAAAAGGGAUGGAGAUUAAAUCCAGAAUAAUAGUUUUACGAAUCAUUUAAAUUGUACAUACUAUAGUUUUUUUUUUAAUUUUGCGGCAGCUUUUUAUGUGAACGAAAUAUUUAUUGCCCGCUUGGUUUUUAAUCAAUCAAUUAUACAAAUCAUAUACAUUAUUGAACGACUUGCUCCGAAUUAAGACUGCCUCCUGCUUAUUAAUCAAUUUAUAUUAAUGUGUAUAGAUCAUAUAUAUUUUCAAUAUGUUAUUUUUUAUUUUUAUUAUUAUAUUUUAAAUAUUUUUUUAUGUUUUAAUGUAAUUAAACUUUUUUUUGUUUGUUUAAGGGCAUACUCAGACAGUGCUCACCAGUUUUCAAAAAUUUUCAAUGACUCCUCUGUUACAAUCUUAUUAAAAUUUUAAACUUUCAAUAGAAAACGUUGAGUAGAAAAAUAAUACUAAGCACUUACCCAGUAAUGACUUAAUUACAAUCUAUUUUAAUGUUUGUAAAAAAGAAUUUCUGUCUGAGAAUGACCUUGAAUUAUUAUAAAUAAUUGUACUAUAAUUGAAAAGCCAUAGCCAAUUAAUUUAAAUUUAUAGUUAUUUGCUACGAAAAAUAAUAAAACCAAGAGACUGGUAAUGUCACAAUAAUUUGUUGAAAGUCCUGAAAAAUAACUAAUACUCUUAAUAUUUUAAACCGUAAAUAAACUUUUUUUUCAUUGCUGCAAAAGUCAUUUUUUAUAAUUUAAAUUUAAAUAAAAAUUCUCAGUGAACAGACGAAUGGGCCAAUUAAAUUUUUAAGUACUUAAUAAAUAUAUAUACAUACAUAUAUAUUUUUUUAAAUUAAAAUUUGAGUCACAGAUACGUCAUUAAUUAUGUCUUUUUUAAUUUAAAAAAAUAAUAAUUAUUUUUCUUCAUUCUGUGUAAAAAUGUCUCAAGUUUUUUAGUUUUCGUUGUAUAAAUUGUUAUGUUUAUUUUCUACCUGAUAUAUUUUUUGAAAAAGUUAAUUUUUUUUUUAAUUAUUUAGUAUAUCAUGGCCUAGAUAUAUAAAUGUAUAUUCAUGUGUUAUAUAGUGGAAUAUAUGAAAAAAAAAAUAAUAAAUAAAGUCUCGUAAUUUUUUAAGCUUAAAGCUCAUACAUAUAAAUAAUAAAAAUAAUAAACAAGAUUGACUGAAAUAUGUAU